AUGGCAAUUGAAGCUGUUCGGGUCAUCGUUCGGUGCAGGCCAUUAAAUAAUCGAGAAAAGGCAUUAGAAUGUAAGGAGAUCAUAAGCAUUGACUCCAAACGCGGACAAUGUUCAAUUUCAAACUAUUCACGUGCAAAAGACCAAACGAAGACAUUUUUCUUUGAUGGAGCUUAUGACUCCCUGUCAACAACAGAGGAGAUAUACGCCGAUGUGGUAUACCCAUUGGUUGAAGGUGUUACCGAGGGUUAUAAUGGCACGGUUUUUGCUUACGGACAAACAGGGUGCGGUAAAUCCUUUACAAUGCAAGGCGUGUCCACAGAUCCGGUAAAUAAAGGUGUCAUACCGAGGUCGUUCGAACACAUUUUUGAAACGACAGCUGCCAUGUCUAACGUCAAGUACUUGAUACACGCCUCGUUUCUAGAAAUUUAUAACGAGGAAAUCCGUGAUCUCCUUGGAAAGGACCAAAAAGCCAAGUGCGAUUUAAAAGAACAUCCGGAGAGGGGUGUUUUUGUAGCAGGCUUAUCAAUGCACAAAGUCAAGUGUGUUGAGGACUGUAAAUUGAUAAUGGAUCAAGGCGGAAAGAACCGUCAUGUCGGUGCAACUUUGAUGAACGCAGAUAGUAGUCGUUCGCAUUCAAUUUUCACAAUAUAUCUCGAAAUGACUGUCGCGGAUGAGGGUACUAACACAGAUCACAUAAGAGCAGGCAAGCUCAAUCUAGUUGACUUGGCUGGUUCAGAGAGGCAGUCGAAGACGAAUGCUACUGGUGAUCGACUAAAAGAGGCUACGAAAAUAAAUCUCAGUCUUUCAGCUCUCGGAAAUGUUAUAUCAGCACUUGUGGACUCCAGCUCAAAACACAUACCUUAUAGGGACAGCAAGCUAACACGGCUUCUCCAAGAUUCGUUAGGAGGCAACACAAAGACUCUGAUGGUUGCAUGUCUCUCGCCAGCUGAUAACAAUUACGAUGAAACUCUGAGCACGCUGCGCUACGCGAAUCGGGCUAAAAAUAUUAAGAAUAAACCCACAAUCAAUGAGGACCCCAAAGAUGCUCUUCUGCGCCAAUAUCAGGAAGAAAUUGCACGACUGAAGGCAUUACUGGAAGAAAAAAUGCCUGUGAAUCAAAUUUCAGCUCCAUCAAGCAAGCCAGAGGCCUUGCGUCUGUCUGUCCUUGACAUGGAAGCGUUUGCGAAGGAAAAAGAGCAAAUUAAAGAGGCCUAUGAGAGACGACUUCGUGAAAAGGAAGCUAUGUACGCUGCGGAAGCUGCCAAUUCAGCAAAACUUCAGGAAGAGAUCUCUAAACUUACUAAAUUAUACGACACAAAGCUACGGAAACUGGAGGAUAAAUAUAGGACCCGUUCCACGUCAACGGAUGAAAAAGAGUCGGGAGCGUCUCCGUCUCCAAUUGCGUUGCAUAGCCUGGAGGGAGGUUCGUCUUCGAGGACGUAUCGCCUAUUGGAUGACUCCGCACCCCAGCAUCACGUAGACGAUGGGACCGGUUCGAAGGCGCUGAGUCCAGUUCGUCCACAGUUUGCAGUUCAUCUGGCCACGACAUCGCUCGUAGGCGUGACGACCCCCCUAGACGGCAUUUCAGGUGAAUACGACAGAUUGACAAAAGAAGAACUGCUUAGAAGACUUCAUUUGUUGGAGGGAGACAUAGUGGGCGGCGAAGAAGCGAACAACCUGGAGGUUCAGGAACGCCGGUCGCGCCGCCGCAGACAUGCUGAGGAACAGAAACGCCUCCUCGCUGAAGCUAAUGCCAGCCUUGAAGACGAUGGCAUUAUGGUCGGUAUUUAUGAAAGCAUUCAGGAUGAACUGCGGCACAAAAAUAAGCUCCUUCAACGGGAGAAACAGAAGACCAAUUCUCUUGAGGCUGAAAUAGAGGACCUCCAGCGCGAAUUCGAACUCGAUCGGGAAGACUAUCUCGAAUCCAUCCGCAAACAAAAUCGACAAAUCAGUCUACUGCAGGCCAUCCUUCAUAAAAUUCAACCCUGCAUUCGGCGAGACAGCAAUUAUGCUAACCUUGACAAGAUAAAGAAGCAAGCAUGUUUUGACGACGACACCAACGAGUGGAUUCUCCCCGCCCUGACGAUUGAACGCACGAUAUUGCCUGUUCCAAUGAGCAGUGGCGCCGAGGACUUCUCCCAGUCCGGUGGUCGCAUUGGUGCCAAUCUUGUGUCUGCUGCCCCUCGUCCACCCAUACCACUCAACACGCCGAAUGGGACGCGGGACUCCGCUGCCGAAAACGAGGAGGCCAGAUUAUACGCCAAACUCGCCAGUCGUUCACAAAAUAACACUGGCUACUUUGCAAGCAAGCGCAAAGAACAGCUCCUCAUGGAUGCGGGUAAUGCCAAACAUUCAUUGGUAUAG